AUGAGUAAUAAUCAGAGUAAGGGUUUAACUCAACAAGUCACAAAUCUUUUUCAGAAUGCUACAGCUCAAAUUAAAAAUACUUUAAAUACAACAACAUCGAAUAGUAACACUAUGACAAAUAAUAGAAGUGAUAAAAGUGGAGGACCGGAAAAAUCCAAUGAAUGUAUCAUUUAUGAAAAACCAUCGACAAUCGACGAUACAGAAGAUUGUUUCUCUAAUAUGUCAGAUAAACCGGAAAUUAAUCAAGACUUGUUUAAACGUGAACCAGAUAUACAUGAAGAAGAUAAAUUUCGCGCAUGUUUUAUCGAUUGUAGUUGUGAUUGUUCUGCAAAAAAAGUGACACAUAAUAAUGUUGUUGCUACACAAGAUUUAGGUAUAAUAGAAAAAUUAAUGAAAAAUAUGAAACAAAGUGCCUAUGAUGUGUUGUGUGAUUGUCGAUGUGGUGAUAAUCAACAACGUUCAUUUAGUUUCAACUACUCAGCUGGAGAAAAAAGAAAUGAAUAA